GUUUAAGAUUAGCGCUAUUGAAUUCUCUUUUGAAAUCGUAAGACUGAAGCAAAUAGUAAUGAAACUUGUAAUACGGACAAUUAUUGCAAUAAAUAUUCACCUAAAAGUUUCAGUUGACACGAUAUGACGACGUGCAGAUGGGAGAUUACAUAUAUCUGACGCCUAUUCAAACGCCCAUUCAAGCCAAGUAAACGGAAUGCAAAUAGAGAUUUAGCGCGAUUUUCAACUGACUGUCGCAUAUGCAAAACAUACUAAUUGUUGAGGUGACGCACCAAUCAUGUUACGACGGUUUGACCUUCACGUGCUCAGCAACCUCCUUAAGGAACAAUACCACUGGAUCGUUGCCGUAGUUUUACAUCGCUCAUAAUUGAGAGGAGAUAUACCAGACGUAAGCAUGCUAGAAAGAAUACAGCGACCGUGAGUAGUAGUAGUAGUAGUAGUAGCAGCAAAAAGCCGAGAAAACACAAUUAACGUGAGAAAAAUUUAUGGUGACAUCUAGUGUCACACAAGGUGCGGAAUCUGGAGAUCGGCACACUUAAGGAUUCAGUACUUCAGCAACACUAAAAGGCUAGCAAAAAAAACGAAACGAAACGAGCCAUCCACCACUGUUUACAAAGAUGAUAAAAAUGAUAGUUUCCGCUUAAUUCUGAGUGAUCGAUAAGUAGUUUGUCAAAAUUACAAACGGGAGUUGUUUGUUUCCAUUCUUUAUUUUUCGUUGUUGCUAAUUUUCACCGAUUGCGUUUAUCAUUGAAUGCAAGUGAAUAGCAUAUACCUGAUGGGUUGUUUACUCGUUUUGCUUAUGUUUACCUCUCCCGGACUCACACCUUGCUUCUUACUCUUCCCAAAAUACAAUUUAUUUGUAGGUUAGAUACAAACCUAGCAAAGGCUAAACGUUACGUUUGCGAAUGGUUUAUGAUGAAUAUACUCUAUUCAUAACGCCAGAUCACUACUUUAUAAAUGCAUUAGGGUCGAAAGCCUUCAUUAUAAUUGACAGAGUGUCACAAGAACUUAAAGUUGAAUUUGAGGAGCCGGUCAUCCCAAUCGUAGCCAAAAAGCACACAAUCUAUGGAAUAUGGGGGCUUGUACGUCUAGUGUCGGGGUUUUAUUUGAUAGUGAUUAAAGAGCGUGAGCGAGUUGGUGAGAUAUUCGGAAACACUAUUUUCAAAAUAACCAAGAGCGUCAUAUUACCAUUUGCAAGGUCUUUACUUCAUUUGACAGAUAUCCAGAAUCAAGAUGAAUCGGUGUAUUGUCAUAUGCUUAAUAGUAUUCUAUCGUCAGAAGGCUUCUACUAUUCGAGUACCUAUGACCUGAGUCACACAUUACAACGUUUAUCGGAUACCGACCCGAAAUUCAAGGCAUCCAGUAUUUACGAACGUGCAGAUACACGGUUUACGUGGAAUAAAUCUCUGUUAAAUGAAUGGGAAUCUAUGCUUAAUUCUACAUCAUCUUUCAAGCAUAAGCAAACAGCUGGUUGGAAUCGCUUCGAUUACUGUGUACCUAUCAUUCAAGGAUAUGUUGGAAUAAUAUCAUAUCCGGAAAGUUUGUCUGACAUUCUUAAGGGAAAUCUCGUGUAUUCUCUCAUCUCUCGUCGUAGUGUACAUCGAACUGGAACAAGAUUCAACACACGUGGAAUCGACGGGGAAGGCAACUGUGCAAAUACUGUGGAAACAGAACAAUUAGUCGAUAUUUCAGGGCAUAGAUUUUCUUUUGUUCAGCUUCGUGGUUCUGUGCCAAUAUAUUGGAGUCAACGACCGAACUUAAGGUAUAAACCAGCUGUUUUAGUAGGUGGCAGUCAAUUAUCUUCCAGUAUAACACACUCGCCUAACCUAACCGAUAAUGAGAUUGGGAAGAAUUUGGAGGCAAUCCAAGCUAAUAUUGCACGCCAACAUUUUCAUAGUUUAAUAUACGAUUACGGUUACGGACGACAAACAAUAAUAAAUUUAUUAGAUCAAAAAGGGAUGGAACGUGAUUUAGGACAUGCUUAUGCUAUGGCCGUCUUACCUUUGGAUGAAAAAGAAGUCAAAUAUGAAAGUUUUGAUUUUCACCGUGAAUGUGGUUCAACUCGUUGGGAUCGACUGGGUAUCUUGUUAGAACACCUUAUACCAGAAUUAUUGAGAUCGAAGCAACUACAUAUAGAUAUGAAUAACUCCGCAACAAUUAUCACUCGUCAAACUGGAACAUUUCGUUCAAACUGUAUUGAUUGCUUGGAUAGAACAAAUGUGGUUCAAUCUAUGCUUAGUUGGUGUGCAUUAGAACAAGCAAUGAUUGAGAUUAGUAUAUUGCAAGGUACAGUUUCUCGAACAGCUGAUGCUAGUACUACAUCACCUCUAUCUCAUUUGUGGCCCGGUUUCGGACUUCGUUUUAAAUCGAUUUGGGCUAACAAUGCAGAUUACUGCUCUCUUCAAUAUGCAGGUACACCAGCUUUGAAAACAGAUUUCACAAGAACAGGUAAAAGAACAUUCUAUGGUAUACUGAUGGAUGGUUAUUAUUCAAUAAUUCGUUAUUAUUUAAAUAAUUUCAAUGAUGGCUUCCGUCAGGAUUCAAUGCAUUUACUUCUUGGCCAAUAUAAAGUGAUGGAUGUUAAUGGGAAUCUUAAAUCAUUACAUGGACCAGGUGGACCUCCUAGACGUCGCCUAAAAAAUGCUGAUUCUGAAUGGUUUACACAGUUUCUACCACUAGUAUUUAGUUUUACAUUGGCUAUGUCUGUAUUGUGUUGUAUCUUUCCUACAGUGAGUAGAAAACUGUAUUUCUGACAUUUCAUGACUUAGUGAAAGCCAUGUUUCUCAUGUUUAGCUCCUAAUUGCAGUUAACAAUAGCCCUAAUGAGUUAGUUAAUUUUUAUCUUUCUUUGUGUACGUAUGGCGACGUUAACCUAUGCACAGUUACCUCAGGUCUGAUAUUGCCUGGGAUGGUGGAUUAUUUAAACAAACAAUUGAUAACUGUUGUAUUUUAUAUAAAAUUUUCGACAAAAGUCAUCCUGUUGUUCAUUAUUUGGUUUAUAUCUGUUCUCAGCUCAUUGGACAGAGAAAGCAACUUAUGUACUAUUCUGGGGCGGAGCUUCAGUUCUUUCUGCUCUAGCAAUAUUUGCCUACGGUGAUGAUUUUGUUAACCAUCCUCGAUUUUGUCCAGACUAAAGCGGAUUUUCCAAAUCAAUUCUUACGAUGAAACCCAUAAAUUCGUUAUAAUUUUUUAGUUGAAAUAUUUCUUUGGAGAAUGUAAUGCUUAGUUUAAUUUUGCUUGAUAAAACUACAUAAUGACAAACGUCUUUGUAUACUAUUUAUUGUGUUUCUCUCAAGUUAUGAUAUAAGACGUUACUUUUUGCUCAUUCCUUGACCAACCAUUUUGGUGUUUUUUCUCUCUUUCCUUUUUGUGCUAAAAAGGAAUCUUUUUAAAACUGCGACUACGCUCAUUAUAUUAGUAGAGAUUACAAUGUCUUUCUUCUGGGUGUUUUCUCUUCUCGCCAAAUAUACCGGAUUUUUAUACUAAUUAAAUCAUUGCUAUCUAAUCUUGAAUAAAUCAAUCCAUUCUUGAAAUGUCACCGCCUAGAAAAUUUCACAAAAUUUUUCAGCGGAUGCUUCAGUACGUGAGUGAAAACGUAACUCUAUCAACAAUCCUCAUGAAAAUAAUAUCAGACUUUUACUGUUUAAAUGAUUAAGUCCCAUGUACUAUUGCAACUUCUUUGUGCAGUUAAAUAAAAAAGUAAGAUUGUCUUUUAUCUGAUAGGCCCCCCGACCCUACUUGAAGUUCAA